UUCUUGAUCAGGUAACUGGGCUGUACCUAGGGUAGUAUGCCCAACGUUCUCUGCCCGACACAACGUGAAUGUUGACUGAUGUCUUCUGAUGUCAAUUCUCGAAACUGGACAAUCGCGUCGAGCCGGGAGGCUCUGCCAGGUACAUCUCGACUUCAAUUACUCCUCGGCUUCAAUAGUUGAUCCGCGUUUCUGCCUACUGCUGUUUGUCGGACAUCUCAUCCUCCGCCCACCAUUGAGAUCCUCCCUAUACAUAACGCCGUUGUCGAUGAAAACGCUUGCUAGUCGGCAAGAGUGGUUCUCAUCAGCGCGUCGAGCACGAUGGCUGCACCAGCAGGAGCGGGCAAUGAGCGGACCUACUCCCGUCCUGCGAGCCGGGACGACUUCGAGAUUGCGAUAAUCUGUGCACUUCCCCGCGAAAUGGAUGCCGUUGAGUUGAUCGUCGAUGAAUUCUGGACGGACGAGGUCGGCCAAAACCAAUAUAGAAAAGUUGCAGGGGACACGAACACCUACGAGCUAGCGCGGAUCGGAAGCUUCAACGUAGUACUUGUUACCCUUGCCAACAUGGGAAAAGUUGAGGCAUCCGCGGCAGCACAGUGUGUCGCUACAAGUUACCCGAAUAUCUCCCUAGUCCUCUUGGUCGGUGUCUGUGGCGGCAUGCCUUUCGCCAAUGUCGGAGGGGAACGCGAGGAAAUAUUCCUUGGCGAUGUGGUCAUCAGCAGCAUCCUGAAUCAAUACGACUAUGGAAGACAGCUACCCGGCUGUUUUCUCCCCAAAAGCGACGUUGAGGAUACGCUCGGCAAGCCAAACAGGGUACUUCGGAAUCUGCUCAGGAGCUUCGAAAAAGUGAGAGCUCGCGAUAAGUUGCAGAGUCAGGCAGCCAUCAACCUGGUGCAGCUUCAGGAGAGCAGCCGCCGGAACCCCCGAUAUCCCCGAUAUACAUACCCAGGAACAGACAAUGACAGACUUUUCGAAGCCUCAUACGAGCACAAGCAUCACAGCCCUGCGUCAGGGUGCCUUCCUUGCGCGCAAAGAUUGAUUUGCGAGUCAUCCAGAAACUCCGUGUGAUGAUAUUGGUUGUGAUACCAAAUAUUUGGUUAAGAGAAAGGGAUGCGGUCAACCCGACCAGCCCAUGGUCUUCAUAGGGCGUGUGGGGUCAGCGGAUGCUGUUGUUCGUUCUGCCAAACACCGCGAUGCUCAUGCCGAAAAUGGCAUCAUCGCCUUGGAGAUGGAAGGUGCCGGGGUCUGGGAUGUGUUACCUUGCCUCGUCAUCAAAGGCAUGGAUUCAUCGAACGUGGUGACAUCACGGAUUGGUUGCAAAAAAAGCUUGACAAACCAGGGAGCCGAGCUGCAUUGUAUGGAUUUGGGGGUGUAGGGUAUAUGUCAUCAUCAAUCCCCGGCACACAUGAAAAUUAACUUCCUUGUGGGAUGCACAGGAACUAACGUUUUGGUGACCAGAAAGUCACGACUUGUCAUUCAAUACGCGCGGAUGAUCGAACAAGAACCUUCGAAACCGCA